GUCACUUGAUGAAGUCUCUUGUUUCAGCCCAGGCCCCGGCACAAUCUAUAUACAUAUUUAGCCUAUUUAAAAAAACGUAUACAUAUAUAUCGAUAUAUGUAUGUGUAAAAAAGACGUCUGCCAAAGUAUUUGAUUCUGCUUGCUUUAUCCGCAGACGUCCACAGACGUCCACGGGGUUUCUUGUCUUCAGAGACGCGGCGUUCGAACAGCUGACCAGAAAAAGGCCGAGACAACAGUAACAAGGAAAAUAAAGUCCGCGGAUCAAAGUCGAAAACAACACGUUUAUUGACUUGACUUAAGACUCACGAACAACCAGAAGGAAACCUUAACCCGAAUCAACGAUCCCAAGAUCUAAAAAGAAAAGUUAAACCGCUUCAAGAAAAGAAAAAGUCAACGAAAUCCUUGUCUAAUAAUAUUGAUGAGUUUUGGGGAAAUGGACAUCACUAAGUAUUUGUUGCGCAUUGGUUUCAACCAUCCCACCGAACCGACCUUAGAGGUGCUGCGGUCGCUCCACAGCUUCCAUCUGCUGGCGGUACCCUUCGAGAACCUCACGCUGCACUGCGGGGGGCGGCUGAGUCCCGACCUCCACGCUGUCUACGACAAGAUUGUAAACCAGCGUCGGGGAGGCUUAUGCUAUGAGAACAACGGCCUCUUCUCUUGGUUGCUCUCCAAACUGGGCUUCGAGGUCACCAUCCUCUCAGGCCAGGUGAAGAACGCGAUCACCGGCUGUUACGGACCCCCCUUUGACCACCUGAUCUCCAUGGUUAGUCUGAAGGGUCGGCGUUGGCUGUGUGACGUCGGCUUUGGGAGUGCAGGUUUCAGCGUGCCCCUCUCAUUGGACGCCUGGGGUGAGCCCCAGACAACGGGCCAGCGGGUGUACCGGGUCAGGGAGGAGGGCGACCAACGCUUUCUGGAGUGGCGCGGGGAACCUGGUCAGGUGACGGACGGAGAGUGGAAGGGGAUCUAUAAAUUCACUCUGGAGCCUCGCAUGAGAGACAACUUUACCGCGAUGUGCGAUUAUCACCAGAGCUCCCCCUCUUCCAUCUUCUUCUGCAAGUCUGUUUGUACACUUCUGAAACCUGACGGAAGGCUGACCUUAGUGGGGAGCACGUUGACCACCACCACCUUCCGCACAGAUGAGAGCGCCUUCAAGACCAGCGGGCGGACGCUCACAGAUGAAGAGAUUCCUGUUGUUCUGGUAAAGAUGUUUGGAGUUGUGUUGCCGUCUCCCCUCAUCACGAAGGACGAGGACGUAUUGCCCCCUUCGGUCGAGUACUGACCGGUGGUCCAGAAAUACAUAUUCAAUUACAUUAC